CAUCACAUUAUCUCAUCACAUUCUCAUAUCAUAUCAAUCUACAUUGCAUUAUAGUUGAAUCAUGGCAGCUCUUCGAGGUAAGCUAGAGGUAGACAUUGAACUUAAGUCUAAUGCUGAUAAGUACUGGCAAACCAUAAGGGAUUCUACAACUAUUUUUCCUAAGGCUUUCCCACAUGACUACAAAAGCAUUGAGAUCCUUGAAGGUGAUGGUAAAGCUGCUGGUUCUAUUCGCCACUUCACUUAUGCUGAAGGAUCACAACUUGCGAAAUCGUCGACCGAGAGGAUUGAGGCUGCUGAUGAUGAAAAGAAGACAGCAACCUAUUCUAUAAUUCAAGGGGAUCUUCUUCAGUACUACACAAAAUUCUUGGGACACAUUGCUGUGAUACCAGUUGGAGAAGGGUGUGAGGUGAAAUGGACAGGUGAAUAUAUAAAAACUCAGAAUGAUAUUCCUGAUCCAACAAUUGUCAAAGAUUUUGCAGUCAAGAAUUUCAUUGAGGUGGAUGACUAUAUUCAACAAAAUGCAUAGAAGUUCAAUAUGAAUUUGAUGAAGGACAAGCUAGUCUUUUAAUAAAUGUAUUGUUACAUAAUGUGGUGGAAUAAUGGAACCAUUUCUUGUUUAAUGUAAUGUGAUGUAUGAAGUAAUGAGCUUGUCCUUUGUUGUUGUUGGCUUAAUGAGAUAUGUACUAUGUCUUCUAUUAUUGUUCUGAA